UCAAACGAGAAAGCAUCAACAUUAUAUACUCUUUUUACAGUGCCUCUUUUUUAUUUUUAUAUUUUUACUCGAUAAAUAUCGUGAUAGUUCGUGAAAAUAACGGACAGUGACAUUUUUUUGUACAAUACUAGUGUUUUGGUUGAGAUUCCUAGGAAAAAAAGUGCAGUGAAAUACCUAAAUUAAUAAAAAAAACACUAACAAAUUCGGCUCCAAAGAACCGCGUGUGUUCAGACUGCCUUUAUUCACCCCCACCACAGCCGCACGAGGCCGGACCUCGUCAUCCAUCAUGCCCGGUGACGUCGCGCGCUCCCAUUGGACCCGGCGCGGUCACGUGGCACGUUAAUUGGACUCUGGUAGGCGGGACUUCGACGCUAAGCAAGAGAGAGGGGAGCGGGAGCGGCGUGCGUGCCUUUUUCCUCUCUAUAUCGAGGAGGAGAAGAAGAAGAAGAUUCUAGUAUCGAAAGAUUAUUAAUGACUAUGAGUUCGUUUCUGAUGAACCCCGUGUCGGGCUACCAGCAGCCGCAGCACAUAUCCGCGGGGGUCGUCGUGGACCCCAAGUUUCCCCCCCACGAGGAGUACAGUCAGAGUAGUUAUAUUCCGGCGACUAGUGAUAAUUUUUUCGGGAAUCACCACCUGAACCAACCCCAGCAUUUACAGUAUGGCUAUCACAACCACCAUCACCAAGGAGCUUACGGAACCUCAUCUUUAUCUCUCUCAAACUCGGGUUACGGGAGUUACGGGAACUACUACCACCACCAACUUCACCAUCCGUCACCUCCUUUACAUCAAGUUCGCGCGGUUCAACCCUUGCACGAGCCUCAAAAUCAACUACUCAAUUGUGCCUCUUUGCCUAACGGGCAUCCGAAUCAACCACCUUCGCCGAACAUUCUCCAAAACAUAGCGGACAUUUCGCCGAACAAUGUUGCUCAGCAGCAACAGCAGAGUGAUGUGAACUCGAGUGUGUGUUCUCCGGCUUCGGUGGGACACGGUCAGGACUCUAGAGGGUCGCCUCCAGGUGCUCAUUCGUUGCAGGAGCUGGGUUUGAGGCUGGAGGACGGUGGUGGGUCUGAUGAGCAGGAUGAGCUGGACGAUGGUCAAGGGAGUUCGACGAACAAUGAUGACGAGGAUGAUGAUGAUGAGAAUGGGGAUAGGCAGAUAUAUCCGUGGAUGAGGAAGGUUCACGUUGCUGGAGCUUCUUCGAAUGCGCAUGACAUUUCUACUAAUGGCACAAAUGUUACCUUCACGCCGGGCAUGGAACCGAAAAGGCAGAGGACGGCCUACACCCGGCACCAGCUCCUCGAAUUGGAGAAGGAGUUCCAUUUCAACCGGUACCUGACCCGGAGGAGGAGGAUAGAGAUAGCGCACACGCUGGUGCUGAGCGAGAGGCAGAUCAAAAUAUGGUUUCAGAAUAGACGGAUGAAAUGGAAAAAGGACAACAAGCUGCCCAACACGAAAAACGUGCGCCGGAAAACGAACCCGGCCGGCGUCACGACGACGACGCCCGGAGCCAACGGCGCCGGCGGCGCGACGCCCUCCGCCGCCUCUGGAGGCGGCAAGGGGGGCGGCAAAGGCGGCCGAGGGGGCAAGGCGCAGACUGGCAUCGUUCAGCAGCAGCAAGGAGGGAACGAUAAAAGGAAGAACAACGGAUCGACGAGGGACCCCAUCGACAACGUGGGAGACACCAUGCUGGACAUGUCCCUCACCAGCCCCCACCAACUAACCGCCGCUACCUCCAUUUCAGGCCACUCGCACGCCCAUCCCAUGACGUCCCUGCAUCACGUGACUAAUCCCAUGCUCGAUCACACCAUGAGCCAUAUGGGUGCGCCUCUGGCUCCCUCGCCAGGCUGCGGCGGAGGGCUGACCGGUGGCGGUGGUCAGCCGCUGGUCAUCAAGUCGGACUACGGGCUCACCGCCUUGUAAUGGUAGGGGGUAGAUGCGUUUAGGAUAUGUUGUAGGUAGUGUAUAGGGUAAUGGUGUGGUAGUGUGUUUUGUGUGAGUGUACAGUGAGCGAAUGAAAAUGGUUAGAAAUGGCAAAGAUAUUCAGAAAAUUACGAAUAGUCUAAGAGCUGGGUAAAUAAAAAACCUUAUCAUCGUUACAUGGCUAAUUUUUUGUGUGAA